AGCACGUUGAUAUUCAACCUGAGAACAGAUUUUCUUCGUUGGUUCAUGAUCAACACAUCGUAAUUGUGCCAGAAUUUACACUUGAAUCUGGUUAUACAUUGCAUCGAGUUCCAGUGGCGUACAAAACUUGGGGAAAGCUUAAUGCAAACAGAGAUAAUGUAAUGGUAAUAUGUCAUGCACUUAGUGGAAGCGCUGAUGUUCAAGAUUGGUGGGGACCUCUAAUUGGAAAAGGAAGAGCUUUUGAUCCCACAAAAUAUUUUAUUUUUUGUGGGAAUGUUCUUGGAUCACCUUAUGGUACUGCAUCUCCUGUUACGAUUAAUCCUGAAACAGGCAAUAUAUAUGGCCCAGAAUUUCCUUUGACAAUGCCCCGAGAUGACGUCAG